AUGUCCUUCCAGGGCAAGAAGAACAUCCCCAGGAUCACAAGUGACAGACUUCAUAUCAAAGGAGGGAAAAUUGUGAACGAUGAUCAGUCAUUCUGUGCAGACAUUUACAUUGAAGAUGGCUUAAUAAAACAAAUUGGGGAAAACCUGAUUGUCCCUGGUGGUGUUAAGUCCAUCGAUGCCCAUGGCUUGCUGGUCAUACCUGGAGGAAUAGAUGUCCACACGAGACUACAGAUGCCUGUGAUGGGAAUGAUUGGCGCAGAUGACUUCUUCCAGGGAACUAAAGCCGCUUUAGCUGGAGGCACUACGAUGAUCAUUGACCAUGUCUUUCCUGAGGUUGGAAUGAGCCUGCUUGCUGCAUAUGACCAAUGGAGAGAGUGGGCUGAUGGGAAAGUCUGCUGUGAUUAUUCAUUACAUGUGGACAUCACAUACUGGCAUGAGAGCCUAAAAGAAGAGAUGGAGGCUUUAGUAAAGGACAAGGGUGUGAAUUCAUUUCUUGUAUUUAUGGCCUACAAAGACAAUUACCAAUGUUCGGAUGCAGAGAUGUUUGAAAUCUUCAGCAUCAUUCGGGAGCUGGGUGCCAUAGCACAGGUUCAUGCAGAAAAUGGGGACAUCAUUCAAGAGGAACAAAAGCGUCUGCUAGAACUUGGCAUCACUGGACCUGAAGGCCAUGUCCUCAGCCGCCCAGAGGAGGUCGAGGCCGAGGCAGCUUACCGUGCCAUAACCAUCGCCAAACAAGCCAACUGCCCCUUGUAUAUCACUAAAGUCAUGGGCAAGGGAGCUGCCGAUGUGAUUGCCCAAGCAAAGAGGAAAGGUACGGUGGUGUAUGGUGAGACACUGGCAGGUGGACUGGGAGCUGACGGCACUCACUACUGGAGUAAGAACUGGGCAAAGGCUGCAGCUUUUGUUACUUCACCACCCCUGAGCACCGACCACUCAACCCCAGAAUAUCUCUGUUCAUUACUGUCCUGUUCUGACCUUCAGGUAACGGGCAGUGCACACUGUGCCUUCACCACAGCACAGAAAGCCGUAGGGAAGGACAAUUUCACCUUAAUACCAGAAGGUACCAAUGGGGUGGAAGAACGAAUGUCUAUAAUAUGGGAAAAAUGUGUGACCUCUGGCAGGAUGGACGAGAAUGAGUUUGUAGCCGUGACCAGCACAAAUGCAGCCAAAAUUUUCAACUUGUAUCCGCGGAAGGGAAGAAUCGCCACGGGCUCAGAUGCUGACCUAGUUAUCUGGAAUCCGAAAACAUUAAAAAUCAUUUCUGCCAAGACACAUAAUUCAGUUGUGGAGAUGAAUAUAUUUGAAGGGAUGGAAUGUCAUGGUGCACCAGAGGUUGUUAUUAGCCAAGGACGGAUUGUUCUAGAAGGUGAAACUCUUCACGUCAGCCAAGGGUCAGGCCGUUUCGUUCCAAGGAAGACAUUCCCUGAUUUUGUGUACAAGCGGAUUAAAGCCAGGAAUAGAUUGGCAGAAGUCCGUGGAGUUCCCAGGGGGUUAUAUGAUGGACCUGUUCAUGAUGUCACAAUGGCCACUAAAUCUGUAGCACCCACGCCAACCUCCCGGGUAGCACCGUGUGUUGGAAAAGUGCAGAUGAUGCCGGUUCGAAAUCUUCAUCAGUCUGGGUUCAGUUUGUCAGGAUCUCAAACAGAUGACCAUAUCCCGAGACGCACUACUCAAAAAAUUGUAGCACCCCCUGGUGGUCGUUCUAAUAUUACUUCACUUUCAUAG